ACUGGUCAGAGAUGAUCGACGAGUGCUAACUACAUGUAGAUGUACCUACAUUUAUUUCGUACUAAUUGUUUAUUUUUAUUAAGCGGAGAGCCCCAAAGAUUUGAUUCUAAUUUAAUGUUUCAUAUCAGUGAGUCGUUCUUUAUUUUUGUGCUAGAUUUGAAAUUAAUUAUUUGUUUAAGUGUAAUUUUUCGAUUAAGCAGAGUGCAGAAACAGGUGUCUAUUUGAGCGAAAAAUGUCUUACGCCGUGAAGCGAGGCAGCCCAUGGAAGUCCCAACUAUACCUGGACGGUGUCCUGGACUCAAUAAUUCAAAAUGGCGGCACUAGGGCCAAGAGCAGGGAGGGGGUGAAUCUGGCUGAAGUCAUGUUUUACUGCAUGAAAAACAGUCCGGAUGGAAUACAUACGAUAAAUGGGGCAACUGGUGAAAAAUUCACCAACUUGCAAAUCCUCAAGCGCGCCGUCUCCAUCGCUCGCGCCUUAAGAAGCGAUCGUGCGACAGAGAAGGUGAUCAUAAUGCUACGGAACACUGAGCAUAUGUCUGCGCUGUUCUACGCUGUGCUGUUUGCUGGCGUGGUCCCUUUUAUGAUGGAACUGCAAUCUACUGAAUAUGAAAUCCAGCAGUUCCUCCCCCUGGUAUCCCCCCACAUCAUCUUCUGCGAGCCUGAUCGUGUCGAUAUCGCCACAAAAGCUGUGGAAGGAACUGACAUCAGAGUCGUGGUUGCCGAUGGUUCAUCGUUAGACAAAUUCACGCUGGGGUGUAGUGACGACAUUGGCAGUUUUCAGCUGCCAGACGUGCGUGCGGACUGCACAGCCUUAAUUCAGCCCACCAGCGGUUCCACCGGUGUACCGAAAGCUGCAAUGCUGACACAUGAAGGCAUGGUCAUGCAGAUGCCUUCCUCUUGGAUGCAUCACACCCAGUUCCCUCGCCCGACUGGUAUGGGGCUCCUCUUGUCUACAUGUCAGUGGCUGUCCCACACCCUCAUCAUGAUCAGCUUCCCCGUCUACCAGGUCCCGAUCCUGAUGACUCCGUUGAAGAUCUCUGCAGAGUACAUCGCAGAAUUGGCGGGGAAAUAUCGAGCAACAUGGACUUUAAUCGGACCAUCAAUAGCCGCUCAACUAGGACACAUAGCCACACCAGACCAGCUAUCUUCAUUCGACAGGUUGUUCAUCGCUGGCUCGUCUUUUUCGCCUGAUAUGCUUGCUCCCCUAAAGGAUAAACUGCCAGCGCCGCCAGGUCGCCUAUUAAACGUGUUCGGAAUGACGGAGACUCACGGGUUGAUAGCAGUAGGUCCACUGGGCACCCCACUCAACUCCGUAGGGCAAAUCAAUAACAUCCUCGAAUACAGGUUAAUCAACGAAAAAGGUGAAAUAGUCAAAGAACCUUAUGAAAAAGGAGAAUUGUAUAUAAAGGGCAAAUGUAUCUUCAAGGGUUACGUAAACAACGAGGCAGCCUAUCGUGAGACCGUCACUCCAGACGGAUGGCUGAAGACUGGAGACGUUUUCUACAGGGAUGAACAGGAACGGCUCUUUUUCGUUAACAGAAAUAAGCUCAGCUUCAAAUACCUGAACCACCAUGUUUAUCCAGAAGAAAUCGAGGGCGUCAUAGGCACUAUACCAGGAGUCCACCAAUGCGUGGUAGUUGGCGCAGACGCUGGGCCUGCCGCUGCUGUGGUUCUACAAGAAGGGUGCGGAGUAACAAGAGAGGAUAUACAACAAGCAGUCAACUCUACUCUAAGCGACUACAAGCACCUGCGUGGGGGCAUCGCGAUCGGGAAGUCACUGCCUACCACUCACACUGGGAAAGUCCACCGCGGCAAGUGCCUUCAGCUGAUACAAGAGCUCGUUCACAGAGGAGAAUGCUUCUAGAAUCUUCCAGAAGACGAGACUAGAUCAUCAUGAUAUUGCCCUAAGAGGGGGCUAACGCACUUUCUUGUCACCUUCCUUGUAUUGUGCAAUAAAGAUUAAUGGUGUUAUUCAUGGCCUGGCCUGAAUUGGCUAUGAAUCGUUUGUCUUUAUCUGUCAUUUUCACUUAUGUAUUUGUAAGAAAGGGAUAAAACAUAUUUAACUAAAUCAGACCCGUAAAGUUUUAUGAAUAAGGGGGCAAAUACAUAACUUGGGAUUACUUCGAUAUGAAUACUAAAACGAACCAAAAAUUUGUUGCAAUCUACUAUUGAGUUAUUAUUACUAUAGAGACGACCGACCAAACAAUGAAAUUGUCGCAAUUAAUUGCCGCAAUCACAGCCUACAACUGGCAGGCGUGGUACACCACACGACCAAAACGUCGUAAACGCCGUAAAAUUCAUGGCGCUUGUAGAUUGAAUCUUCUCAAAUGAUUUUUACGCCAAAGACCCUAACCUGUUAAACAAAAGCCAUUGUUAUUUUUUUACGAGCGCGUGGCCAUUGUGUUUGAGCGCGUGACCAUUGUGCCUGAGCGCGUGUCACGCGAAACAAAAGAAACAAUGGCUUUUGUUUAUCAGGGUCUUUGGCGUAAAAAUCAUUUGAGAAGAUCCAAACUAUUUUAGCAGUAUAUGCAAUGUAGUUUUAAGUGUUAAAGCUAAGGUAACUAACAUAGUUUUAAGUACCUGCAGGGCCAAAUGUGGACUUGAGAACUAACCUCAUGGAUUUUUGCAGUCCGUAAUAAAUGACUUUUAAUUAUUA